AUGCGUCUAAUCAGGCGGAUCUUUUGCAGCGGGGCUGUUAGAAUUCGUUCAACAGAGCGAUUGGACCCAACAUGUCGCUGCACCUAUACGGUUCUCUGCCGUAUACCCUAUGGUGCCUACGUCAGACCGCUCCUGGAGUACGCCAACCAAGUUGUCUACUCAGGACGUACGAAAGACGUUACCCUCAUUGAGCGUUCAUUGAACGUUCAUUAG